ACGUCGUCGUCUGGCGGAAGUGCCUUCCCUUCUCCCCCCGCCCCGAGGAGGCGGGUUGCGGGGACGUGGCUGCUGCGGGUGGCUGCUGCUCGGGCGCGAUGAAUCUGCCUCGGGGACCCGACAACUUGUGCUUCGAUAAGCAUGAGUUUAUGAAGCCAGACUUCGAUGUUGAUCACUUUGUGUCAGAGUGUAGAAAACGUGUUCAGUUGGAAGAACUUCGUGAUGAUCUUGAAUUAUACUACAAGCUUCUUAAAACCGCCAUGAUUGAAUUAAUAAACAAGGAUUAUGCAGACUUUGUUAAUCUCUCUACCAACCUGGUUGGCAUGGACAAAGCCCUUAAUCAGCUUUCAGUGCCUUUGGGACAGUUGCGAGAAGAAGUUAUGAGUCUUAAGUCAUGUGUUAGUGAAGAAAUACGUGCAAUUGAUGACCGUUUGUCUAAACAAGAAGAUAUCAGGGAAAAAAAGGUCUGUGUCUUGAGACUUAUUCAAGUUAUUAAAUCAGUUGAGAAGAUAGAGAAAAUUCUACACUCCCAAAAUUCAAAAGAAACAUCAUUAGAAGUAAGCAGGUAUGACAAUUAAAUUUUAUUUUCAUUCACCAAUUUGUUUUUCUUUGGAUAUGUUUACCAAUAAAGUAUAAUUGGUCUUUUUAUAAUUAUAUGAUAAAAUAAUAAGUUCCACUAAACAUUUAGAAGAGCAUAUCUUUGCUUCCCAAAAGACCAGUAUGAGAUAAUAUAUUUAUUUUCUCAGGGCUUUCUCAAAUAAACUAAUUGAUUAUUGAGACUAUGGGUCUCUAAAAACUAUUUUCAAAAAAUGCAGCCGUAGUUAUAAUAUUUUCCCUGAAUUACUAUUACUGCUAUAUGCAUAUCAACAAAUUUAAUGAUUU